UUGAUACUAUUGAAGGCACCAUUUUUAACUUGGGUAACAAUAUCUACUACUGUAAGCGAGAUUAAAAUGAAUGUACAAAACUGCUGUUGUCAAAGAAAGAGUCAUUUUGAUGCAUUCAUUCAAGCCUUUCUUUAUAUUUUUAAUCAAUGCAACCAUUCAACAAAUACUAUCCACCUGAUUGGACACCUGAAAAGGGAUCUAUUAAUAAAUUCUAUGGUAAACAUGCUUUAGGUGAUCGAGCAAGAAAGCUUGAUGAAGGUAUUCUCAUCGUAAGAUUUGAAUUACCAUUUAAUAUUUGGUGUAGUGGUUGUGAAAACCACAUUGGAAAAGGUGUAAGGUAUAAUGCACAAAAGAAGCAAAUUGGCAAGUAUUAUAGUACACCAAUUCUUCAAUUUCGAAUGAAAUGUCACUUAUGCGACAAUUGGAUUGAGAUUCACACUGAUCCAAAGAAUCAUGAAUAUGUUAUUGUAAGCGGCGCUCGCAAAAAAGUAGAAGAAUGGGCACCAGAAGAUACAGAAGUAAUACAAUUACAAGAUGAAGAUGUGAAAGAAAGAUUAGAAACAGAUCCAAUGUAUCGUCUUGAGCAUGGUGUGAAAGACAAAAGUAAAAUAGAAGAAACAAAACCUCGACUGACACAACUACAGAGUUUAAAUGAUGCCCAGUGGGCAGAUCCAUAUACCCGGUCACAACAAUUAAGAAGACAAUUUAGAGAAGAGAAAAAAAAGGAAAAGCAAAAGGCAGAAGAGGCAGAAAGAAUUCGAGACAAGCAUUCACUACAGAUAGAAUUAUUACCUGAACAAAUAAGUGAUGUUAUUGAAGCAAAAUCGAUUGAUUAUCACCGACAAAAUGAGUUAAUAUCGAGUAGUAAUCCAUUAGAUACAAAGAGAUUGGGUAUAGCAGUGUCACCUAUGUUCACUAAGAAAAAGAUAGGGGAUAAUACAAAUAGUAAAAAUAGCUUAGGCAAAAUAGUGAAGAUACAUACAAGAUUAAAAACAGAUCCAUUUUACAACUCAAAACCUUUUUCUAACAAACUAUCAAAAGAAGAGCUUGGAAACAACAAAACGAAUAGUAAUAAUGAUGAUAAUAGUAACAUUGCAGUUAUUAAAAAGAAAGCAAGAGUUAUAUUAGAGAACAAAGAUGAGGAUAAUGAUAAAAAAGAUACUAUUGCAACAUUAGUAGCUGCUUAUCACAGUAGUGAUUCUGAAUCUGAUUAAUAAAUGUAUAACUUUGUAUGUACAAAAUAGUAUUGGUAAUAACAUUGCGCCUAUU